AUGUUGGCCACUCGUCAGGUGCUGGGCCAUGUCGCCCGCAGCCGCGCCCCCAUGGCCAGCCUGGGUCUGCGACGGACCAUGGCCACUGUCUCUGACAGCCCUCUCGACCGCAAGGUCAGGCAGAACAACUGGGAGGAGAACAACUUCAUCAACUACAAGAAGAUGUCUGAGAACCUCGCCAUUGUCCGGAGUCGCCUCAACCGACCUCUGACCUAUGCCGAGAAGAUUCUCUACUCCCACUUGGAUGACCCGCACGGUCAGGACAUUGAGCGUGGCGUCUCCUACCUCAAGCUGCGACCGGAUCGCGUUGCUUGCCAGGAUGCCACUGCCCAGAUGGCCAUUCUCCAGUUCAUGUCGGCCGGCAUGCCCUCCGUUGCCAACCCCACCACUGUCCACUGCGACCACUUGAUUGAGGCCCAGAUUGGCGGUGCCAAGGAUCUUGCUCGCGCUUGCGACAUCAACAAGGAGGUCUACGACUUCCUUGCCUCCGCCUGCGCCAAGUACAACAUUGGUUUCUGGAAGCCCGGCUCUGGUAUCAUCCACCAGAUCCUGCUCGAGAACUACGCUUUCCCCGGUGGUCUGCUCAUCGGUACUGACUCGCACACUCCCAACGGUGGUGGUCUUGGUAUGGCUGCUAUCGGUGUCGGCGGUGCUGACGCUGUCGACGUCAUGGCCAACCUUCCCUGGGAGCUGAAGGCCCCCAAGGUCAUUGGUGUCCGCCUGACUGGCCAGAUGUCCGGCUGGACCUCGCCCAAGGACAUCAUCACCAAGGUUGCUGGUAUCCUCACCGUCAAGGGUGGUACCGGUGCUAUCGUCGAGUAUCACGGCCCCGGUACCGAGUCGUUCUCGUGCACGGGUAUGGCCACAAUAUGCAACAUGGGUGCUGAAAUUGGGGCCACGACGAGUGUUUUCCCGUUCAACGACCGCAUGUAUGACUACCUGAAGGCCACCAAGCGCCAGGACAUCGGUGACUUUGCUCGUGUCUACGCCAAGGAGCUCCGUGAGGACGAGGGCGCCGAGUACGACCAGCUCAUCGAGAUCAACCUGUCUGAGCUCGAGCCCCACGUCAACGGUCCCUUCACUCCCGAUCUUGCCACUCCCAUCUCCAAGCUCAAGGAGGUUGCCAAGGCCAACGGCUGGCCCGAGGAGGUCAAGGUCGGUCUCAUCGGCUCUUGCACUAACUCCUCGUACGAGGACAUGAACCGUGCUGCCGCCAUUGCUCAGGAUGCUCUGGACCACGGCAUCAAGGCCAAGUCUCUGUUCACUGUCACUCCCGGCUCCGAGCAGAUUCGCGCCACCAUUGCUCGCGACGGCCAGCUCGCCACCUUCGAGGAGUUCGGCGGUAUGGUUCUUGCCAACGCCUGCGGCCCCUGCAUUGGUCAGUGGGAUCGCCAGGACGUCAAGAAGGGCGAGGCCAACACCAUUGUCUGCUCGUACAACCGUAACUUCACCGGACGUAACGACGGCAACCCGGCCACCCACUGCUUCGUCACCUCUCCCGACAUGGUCCUCGCCAUGACCAUUGCCGGCUCGCUGUACUUCAACCCCCUGACCGACAAGCUCAAGGACAAGGAUGGCAACGAGUUCAUGCUCACCCCUCCCAACGUCGCUGCCAUGCCCGAGCGCGGCUACGACCCUGGCCAAGACACCUACCAGGCUCCCCCCAAGGACCGCGCCUCUGUCAACGUCCAGGUCUCCCCCAGCUCCGACCGUCUCCAGAUUCUGUCUCCCUUCAACGCCUGGGAUGGCAAGGAUGCGCUCGACUGCCCCAUUCUGAUCAAGGCUCAGGGCAAGACCACCACUGACCACAUCUCCAUGGCCGGCCCUUGGCUCAAGUACCGUGGUCACCUGGACAACAUCUCCAACAACAUGUUGAUUGGUGCCAUCAACGCUGAGAACGGUGAGGCCAACAAGAUCAAGAACACCACUACUGGCGAGUACGACGCUGUUCCCGCCGUUGCCCGUGACUACAAGGCCAAGGGUAUCAAGUGGGUUGUCAUUGGCGACUGGAACUACGGUGAGGGCUCUUCCCGUGAGCACGCCGCUCUGGAGCCCCGUCACCUUGGUGGUCUUGCCAUUGUCACUCGAUCGUUCGCCCGUAUCCACGAGACCAACCUGAAGAAGCAGGGUAUGCUUCCUCUUACCUUCACUGACCCUGCCGACUACGACAAGAUCCGCCCCGAUGACCGGGUCGACAUCAUGUGCACUGAGCUCGCCGUUGGCAAGCCCAUGACCAUGCGCGUCCACCCCAAGGACGGCGAGGCCUUUGACGUCAAGCUGCAGCACACCUUCAACGCUGGCCAGAUCGAGUGGUUCAAGAACGGCAGCGCUCUCAACACCAUGGCCAAGGCCCACAAAUAA